UCACAACACCAUAUAAACAUAGAGAGUUACGUUAGUUACGAAGAAUGAGUGAUAUGAUCCUAAUAGUGAGUUGAUAACGUGCGUUUCGAGUCGGAAUCACGUAGCUGUAGCAGGAUUUGCAAAGUGGGGUUUUGUGCCUCUCCACGUUUGAUUAUUCUCUCUCUCUCUAAAACUCUCUUUAUCUGUCUGCAGAGCUGUGGGAGGAGGAGGAAGGUUAGUGGAAGAUUGCGAGUUACAUCUUGGAUCUACCCGUUGCCGGAAGUCAAGACUCAUCCGAAUUUGCUGUGCCCCUUCUCAAUUUCUCGCUCUUUGAACAAUCAUGAACGCGUUAGCUGCAACGAACAGAAACUUUAAGCUGGCAGCUCGGCUUUUGGGGUUGGACUCAAAGCUUGAACAGAGUUUACUUAUCCCAUUUAGGGAAAUCAAGGUUGAGUGUACCAUACCAAAAGAUGAUGGCACUUUAGCAUCUUUUGUUGGAUUCAGAGUUCAACAUGACAAUGCCAGAGGCCCCAUGAAGGGAGGAAUCAGAUACCACCCAGAGGUUGACCCAGAUGAGGUGAAUGCUUUAGCUCAACUUAUGACAUGGAAGACAGCAGUAGCCAAUAUACCGUAUGGUGGGGCAAAAGGUGGGAUAGGAUGUGCUCCAGGUGAAUUAAGCAUCUCUGAGCUAGAACGACUUACAAGAGUUUUCACCCAGAAGAUACAUGAUCUAAUUGGAGUCCACACUGAUGUUCCAGCACCUGAUAUGGGAACAAAUCCACAGACGAUGGCAUGGAUACUAGAUGAAUACUCAAAGUUUCAUGGAUACUCGCCUGCAGUGGUAACCGGAAAACCUAUCGAUCUUGGUGGAUCCCUAGGAAGAGAUGCAGCUACAGGAAGGGGAGUACUUUUUGCAACAGAGGCCCUGCUUCAUGAGCAUGGAAAGAGCAUUGCUGGACAACGGUUUGUCAUACAGGGAUUCGGGAAUGUUGGUUCAUGGGCUGCUCAACUCAUCAGUGAGAAGGGUGGGAAAAUUGUUGCAGUAAGUGACAUAACUGGAGCCUUGAAGAACAACAAUGGAAUUGACAUUCCAACCCUACUCAUGCACGUCAAAGAAAAUCGUGGGGUUAGAGGUUUUGCAGGUGGAGAUCCAAUCGAUCCUAAUUCAAUAUUGGUUGAAGACUGUGACAUUCUUAUCCCAGCAGCCCUUGGGGGUGUGAUCAACAGGGAAAAUGCAAACGAUAUCAAAGCCAAGUUUAUCAUUGAGGCAGCUAAUCAUCCAACUGAUCCAGAGGCUGAUGAGAUCCUAUCCAAGAAAGGUGUUGUUAUCCUUCCAGACAUAUAUGCAAACUCUGGUGGAGUUACUGUUAGUUAUUUUGAGUGGGUUCAGAACAUCCAAGGCUUCAUGUGGGACGAGGAGAAAGUGAACGACGAGCUGAAAACCUACAUGACUAGAGGUUUUAAAGAUGUGAAGGAGAUGUGCAAGACCCAUAACUGUGAUCUCCGUAUGGGAGCCUUCACCCUUGGAGUUAAUCGCGUUGCCCGCGCAACAGUUCUAAGAGGUUGGGAAGCAUAAAAUGAGGGUGCUUGAAUAAAGUUGAGGCUUAGGGAAAGCCUCUAAAUUCUUGACUAGGGUUUAAUUUAACUCUUGCAUGAGAGCUUUAACAAGAGGUUGUUAUUAUUAUUAUGUUCAGACUUUAUUAAAUUUUCAGCCUCUCAGUUCUAAUAGUUCUGCAUUUUUCAAUGGUUUGCUUAAACAAUGGGAUUCUCGCUAAAGGAAUCUUUCUUUAGUUGAUUA